AUGUUCUUUUCACAUUUAACACCACAUACAGUGGCAUCGCUUUAAGGCACAACAAUUUAGCAGCUCAAUCCAGCAAAGGACUCCAGUGGUCUAGCAAUAGCGAAUAUAUGCUUCAGCGAGGGCGUUCAUUAUUGGGAAAUCGUAUGCCCUUUUAAUACAGAAGGAGUGAAAGUAAGGCGUAGUCCUAAUUGCAGAUUGGCAUAUCCAAAUAGUAAUCUCCCAGCGAAAAUUUUGAGGGACACCUAUUCGAAUUUAAAACGACAACGCAGAGAGUGGUGGGUGUGCUUCUUAAUUUCAACGAGCAAUCACUGUAAUUCUACUUGAAUGGCAAUCUGAGCACUAACAAAGGCAUUCCAAAGGGCACUCUGAUUUCAGGUCCUUGGUACCCUUGUGUUAGACUAUCGCAAUUUGGGAAUUCGGUGCAUUUGACAAUGAAGUAUGAGGAUCGAAGUGUAGUAGAGCAAGUAGAACAAGUCUAGCUUUAGAGUUCGUAAAUGUAACCAUCGAAUGUCUCCUUCACGAUGAAUAAGUAUCGAUAAUAUGAUAUAGAUAGAAAUGAAAUUCACCAAUUGCAAGAUCGAUUAGUGUCGGUUCGAAAUUGUCCAUUGGUAGGCUAACAAAUUCCUAAGGCAGAGUUAGAGGUACUAAUAAAGAUGAAGUUGGUGAUGUGCAAAUAUCAGGAGGACAAUGAGAUAGUAUAUUUAAUUUUGGACGAGGAAGCAUCCAAGAAACUUAAAAGGUUAAGACAGUAUUUAAAACAUCAUGUGAGGAAAUUGAAGGAGAAAUUCGAGAGCAAACCCUAAGAGAAGGAGAAUGAUUAAUUAUUGCAGGAAAUAACGUAGAUGUUGCCAAUUAAUGAGGAGAUUGUUCAGGAAGAAAAAAAGGAUGAAUUUUAAUACAGAUAUUCUAUAGAACAAUGCAGAAUAGCGGAGAGAAUAAUUGUUCAAUUAAUAGAAUAAUUUGAAGAUGUUAGGAGCAUAGAGUCUGCAAAGAUGAGAUUGUUAACAUUCGCAGAUCAUCCUGCCACAGAAAACCCAUUCAAUGUUGUUGAAUAUGGAAAAUACUUACAACCAGGUUCAGGAGUUAAAUAUGCAUAUUGCGAUGAUGAAAUCAACAACAAUGGAACCAAACAUUCCAAAUUAAUAUUGCGAAGUGAAAUACAGGCUUAAGGUCAAAGAAUCCCAUGCGCAAGUGAUCGCUACUUCUCUUUGAGAAAUCAAGAUUAAAUAUCUAUUUACAAUGGAGAAGCAGAACUCUUUAAAGUCAUUGAUGUAGACUUGAGACAAUUGGGACCCUAUCAGAAAAACAAGAAGAAAAUUGAUGUUCAAUCAGAAGAAACACCCAGUCACAUAUACAAAAUAUUGGAAAACUAUAUUACUGGCGAAACUGAACAACUACCUUUGUAUGAUUAAGGAAUGCUCGAGAAAUUGGUUGCAAUGGAUUUCGAGGAAUCAGCAUGCAAAGAGGCUCUUAUUCAAACUAAUAACAACUUCGAUAAAGCACUUGACAUUGUGAGUACCAGUGGAGAAUGGCAAUGUAGUAUCUGCACUUUGGUAAAUAAGGAGACCAAUCAAAUUUGUGAGGCUUGUAAUGCUCAAAAACCAGAUGAACAGAUCGAGUAAUUUGUUAUCAAACAAUAAUUGUAAAUUCAAUAAGAUUUGGUUGAAGUCGACGAGAAUGAAGAGAUCACUUAAGAUUUAAAAGAUAAAAUUACUGAAGGUUCUAUUGAUUUUGUGACUGUUAUCCAUUGGAAUAGCAAUAACACCAUAUUCCCAGUUCUAGUUGCUAGUAUACACAAUAAAAAUGUACUCUCCAUUAAAUUCAUAUCAUAUUCAUAAAAGUAUUUGGAUCAAUUCUUUAUUAAUGACGAUGGCUAUUAUUGUGUAUUAACAAAUUGCUGGAGUAAAAAUAAGGAUUACUCAUUAUUGUUGCAAUCAGAAACAAGUAGAUAAAUAGUUGAAACUCUCGCUCCUCUGUACAGUAAACAUUGCAAGAAAUUAGAGAUGACUAAGGCUGAUCAUAAGGCAAUUUAAACAGAAUUUGAUAUCAAAGCCAUUGAAAGUGCUAUUUGGAACAAUCGACUCUAUGUCUUCUUGAUUGGUGAUCAAGCUAUAAGCAUUUAUGAAAUCACUCAAAAUUCCAAAAUUGAAUUCUAGAAGUAGAUCUUCAUUGGAUUCAAUUACAACUUACUCAUAUCCAAAACUAAGUGUCUCAUCUAUAGUCAAUCAAAAAAUUUCAUCAUUGACUCUCAAUUGAAUGUCUCUGAAAUUUAAGAACCCAUUUCACAUGCUUACAUCAAAGAUAAUAUCAUCUGGUAUCAAAACAACACUCAACACAAGUAAAUUGAAGACAAUUCUGAAAUCCUCAAGAAUAAUAUCAUUCAAAGUGAAGAAGUGCAGAUCUUCUAAACAGUUACCGAUGAUAUCCAUACAUAGAAAUUCAAUAUAGAAGAUAAUUUCACUCACAUCCACAUUAAGGCUGUAUUUGAAGGACCCAUCGAGGAACCAAAAUAAAUCCUAUUGAUGAAUAGUCCAUUGACUGUUAGUGAUCCAUAAAAACUACCUUUAACUGUCCAUUCCUUUAAAGGAGCCUCCUUUAAUGAUUAAACAUUUGUUACUUCAAUGCUAUUCGAUACCAAUAAACCCUUCUCUAGUAACUAUCCAAAGACUUAAUUCAUAUUCAGAAGUCAAUUUGAUGAAGCAAUGCUUGUGGAUCAUGUUAUCGUUAAAAGUGAAGUCACCAAUGUUUUCAGAGGAUUCCCAAUUGGAAUGGGAUUGAUCUUUAUUUCAAAAGAAGAGCAUGAGUUGAAUGACACUUCAGAAUUUGAUAACUUCGAUAAACAACAAUAUGAAAAGUGGAAAUCAACUCAUUAAAGUCUACAUGCAAAUGAACCAGUAGGAUACUUUGAAUUUGAAGCUGAAUCCAAAGAAGCCCUCUGUCAAUUGGAAGUUAUACGACCAUGCAAAUAUAUUAUGCUUAAACCAACCAAUUUUAGAAAAACUCCUCAUGAUCAUACAGCUCAUUUUUAGACAAACUCUAUUGAAAUCAAAGGUUUUGCUGCUUUCGGGAAAGAAAUACCUAAGACCUAAAGUGAGCAUUCAACUGUUGGAGCAAUCUAAGAAUGCUAAUUGUUGAGCUAACUUAGGAAAAGAAUUGAUUUGCCUGAUAAAUUGGCUGUUCAAUGUAAAUACACAGGAAUGAAUGGAUAUCCAAGCAAUGGUAUAAUUGAAUUUGACACCGUUUAUUCAGGGGAAUUCACUAUUAAACCACAUGAUGACUCGGAAUACAAAUUAUUAAAGGUGACUGUGACUGGUAAAAAAUACAAUAAUUUAUAAAUCAACCAAUUAGAUAGUCUGAUAGAAUAAGUAUAUCAAAAAAAACCAGGUGCAUUGACUGUUCUUAAUUUAUUUAUGAAGAAAGAAUCCAAAAAAGUGUUAGAAGUUAUUAACUUAUCGAAAUUCAUCCUUGGAAAUGUAUUAUCCCAGGAUGUAAACGAAUAAGUCACAGAAUUCUUCAGAUAACUCUAACAACACGAUGAAUUUCAUGAUAUUUUAUUGCAAGUGGCUCAACAGAUAUUUAACAAAAUUGAAAAAGUAGUUUUGACAGAAAGUGGCUUGGAAUAUUUCUUGGGAUUGAUUACUUAUACAGCCAAAUUUAAACCACAAGAAAUUAUUGAUAUUGCUAUGAAAUCUCUAUUGUUUGCAUUACAAAAGCUGAAAACAAUGCAACAUAAGGAUAUGUUCUUAUUUUCAACUAAAUAUGGAGGACCUUAAGGAUAAGUGCAAAUCCAAGAAAUUGAUGAAAUCUCAGUUGAAUAAAAUGGCAAUCAGAAAUCUUUAAUAUGCUAAAAAGAUCCUCUGUCUCAGAUUCUUAUUAUGCAAUUGUCAAAUAAAUAAUAAAUUAGAAGAUUUGAAGUCAAUCUUCUAGGAGAAUUUGAAAUUGAGAAAUUGUCCUUAAGAUUUUAAUAGACAUCAAACUCAGUCAAAUUUAGAGUGCAAGUUUGGGUAGAUAAUUUGGUAUUGGAUCAAGUUUACGAUGAAUGGACCUUUGUACAAUUCACAGAUUAUGUUCAUAAAUGUGCCAACUAUCAUAAUUACAAUUGUUUUCAUAUUGGACUUAAUGGAGUUAGAGCUCGUAAAUUAUUAGUGCAAUUAACUUUGGGAAGCGAUAAUUAUUAUUCCAAAUAAGCAGCUUAACUGUAGAUCCCAUAGAAUUACUUGACUGUCAUUCCAGAAUUCUACGGUUCUCUUUUAAAUGCUGAAUUGAGUCCAUUAGAUAUCACAGAAGAUUUUAGAUACAAGACUACCUUAUCAAUAGGAGAAACUCUCUACUAUGUGUAUUAAUCAGAUCAAUCUAUACUCAUGGACUCGUACAAUGUUAUUAAAAAGACUGAUUUGACUGAUCAUUACAUAGUGAUGUCAACUAAGUCAUUAAGGAGAAAUGCUGAUUAUUUAGAACAAGCAAUAUACAAGUUGUAAUCUGAAAUGCAAUUAAAGGAGAAAUGCAAAUUAGAAACUAGUCAUCUUCAGAGUCUAAUCUAGUAAACUCAACUUGAAUUUUUGAAAGUGGCCCCCCCAAGAAACUAUGAAAACAAUUCCAACUUCUUGACAGUCUUCUCAUCUCUUUUGAUGAGAAUGCUUAUUGUUAUAUCUGGCACAGUUCCAGAUGCAUUAGAAUUCAUUCACCUCAUCAUAUCUUUAGGAGAUUUGAAAGGAAUAACCGAUAUAGCUUUGUAAUUUAUUCAAAAGAAGGUUAAAAGUUAAAUACCCGAGGAACAAUGGAACCAAUUGAUAAUCGAAUAGUUUACAAGUCAAAACAGUCUAAAGAAAAAGUUGCUGCAUUAGUUGCCAAUACCCAUAUUGGAAUCAUUGUAGAAACUAAUUGAAUUAAAUGAUGACAUUCUGUAUGAUGCACUAGUAACUCAACUUCAAAGAUUGCCUUAAAUAAAAUAAACUGAAGACGGAAAUCCUGAACAUGAAAAGAUGUUAGGAUAUAUUCUUGACUUCCUAAUCAGUGAUACUAAGUUUAGAUUGAACUUAUUGUAAAAUGCAUUACAAAAAUGUACUACCCUUCAAAUCAAGAAUUCACUUAAUGAAAAAGUCCUAACAGAAUUAUUCUCAAGAGGAAUGUAGUACCCAGAGAAAUUCAAAACUAUGUUAGACCUUUUGUUCUAACCCAAAUAAUUGGAAAGUAGGUAUACUGAUUGGGCAGCUACACUCUUAUUGAGUGAUCAAAUUAAUAACAUUUUAUAGAUUGAGAAGGAUAGCUUGAUUUAUAUUUCAAAAUACCUCAUAUACUUCUGUUAAAUCUACAUAAAAAACAACGUAGAAAAAUUAACUAUUGAUAAUUUGCUCUUAUUAUUCGACUUUCUGACAAGGAGUGUAAAGAAGGUAAAUAAAUUAAAGACCAGAGGCAAUAACAAACAAUUAGCUGACUUUGAGGAUUUCUUGUAGAGAUAACAUAUCCAAAUCUGUUAUCCAGAUACAAUAAAUAGAUUAAUUAUCCUAUUAGAGAAAUCAGAGAAAUAUAUUACUUGGAAUAAAGUACUCAAGGUGAUAUUGAUGAUAACUCCUUAAUUGUAGAAUGAAUUGCAGAUCUAUCACAGAGUAAUUCAAUCUUACUUGGGAUGCAAAUAGACACUACUGAUGAAUGAAUUGCUGUAAUUCACAUUGAAUUUGGCAUAACAACAAGUGCAAUAAAAUCAGACAUGCUCUUAAAUAACCGAAGCCUUGUUGCCUCAUUUAAGCUAGAAUGACAUCAAGCAUAUCUUCAUAGUAUUCUCCUAAGAGGUAUAACAGAUCUAUUUGAAUAAUGUCAACAUUUUACUCAAAUACAUAGGAAUGUAUCUACCUUAUUUAGGAGGAAAGGAUGGAAUCAUCAAUGCUGAUAGUCAAAUGAUUGAGUAGUUGGAACUCUGUUAAUCAAUGAUCUAUUUGCUAUUGCAAAGUGAAUAAACACUUGCUUAACUAAAAGAGAGUCCAGACUUAAAUCGUUUGUUUGAAUGGUACUGUUUGAAUUCUUAUUCUGGGAACAAGUUGCAAUGUUAUGCUGGAUAAUUACUCAAAUAGGUGAGUGAUUCUUUGGAUUAAUUAUUUGAAUUAUUGCCAUGCAAAUAAUACAUGUUACAGCAACUAUUCCAAUAGCAAUAUUACAUAGAUGAUGUGAUAGUUAAUCAAUAUGAAAAUAAUUAGAUCACUUCAUACACUGCUUUCACAUACACAUCCCAGAUUUUGGAAGUGAUUCAAUAACAAUUUGAUAAAUAUUUAGUUUCAGAUGAUGUCGCAUAACAAUUCUAAUCAGACAUUUAUCAUUACUUAAUCAAUAAGAUCAUCAAGGAGAAACAAAUUACAUAGGUCUAGUUUUUGGAGGAAGAGUUCGGUAAUAAGAUGAAAGUUUUCAAUUUACCAGGACAAAAUGUAUCCAAUUAGGAUUGGCCUUUGCACAAGAAAGGAGCAAAGAGUAGAUUAGCUCUUAUCACUCUUCCCAAGGGAAUGAGGAGUGAAUACUAAAUGGUAUUCUAAUUGGAUAAUGAAAUUGAAAUCAAAAAUAUCAGAUUGGGUAUUCAAACCUUCACUGCUGAUUUUGCUGACAAGUAAUUAGGCACUCCAAGCAGUGUCCUAUUGGAAGUAGGAAAAUCAUUGGAGGAAUUAUAUCCAAUUGCUGAGAUGCAAUUAAUUAAUGACGAAUAUUAUUCACAAUACCAAGUCAAAGUAUUUUGUUACAAUUCUCAACUCAUGAAUAAGUAGCAAUUGCCUCCUGGUUAAUCUAUUAAAUUCAUCAGUUUCAGAAUGAGAUAACAAUAUGUAGAAUAAUUGGAUGUAUCCAAAUCUAUUAAAAAACGGUGUUUAGGCAUCAGUUUUAUUUCAGUUAUGGGUUAUGCUUCUAAUAGACAAAAAGUUGAUUUCAUCUACACAUUAUAAGAGAAGACUGCUAUCGAUAUUCUAUCCAAAUUUUGUAAACCCAAUUACCAAAAGACUUUGCAACAAUUGGCCAAUGAUUCCAUCGUAUUGGAACAACUCUAAAACAAUAUCAACAAGUUCAUGAAUGCUCUCAAUUCUUAUUCAUUUCAAUUGAGUCCUUUGAUAUUGGCGAUUGCUAAAUAUAAUCAUGAAGUAGGAGAUUGGUUAGUAGUCAAAUUGAUGGAAUACCCUGAAUAAUCACAUAGUAAAUUGCUGAGUUAAAUAAUAUUGGAAGGAGAACAUGUUCAUGAAAGAUUCUUGAAAUUGCACAACCAUCUAUUUCAGAAAUUGCUGGCUCUGCAGAUCAACAAUCAUCAACAACAAGAUCUAUUAUGGUAUGAAAAAUUGGCUUAGCAUUUCAUUGAAUCUUAUUGCAAUGUUCUCUUAUUGCAAAAUAGCAAAUUGAAAUAAAGGGAACUUUCACUGAAUAUUAGCAAAAAUGAUAUCAUACAUCUGAUUGAAUUGUUUUAAUUGUUGCAUAACAAACAUGCCAGACAUUUGUUAAUCAAACUAAUAGUAACAAUAACCUAUCUCCCACAUCCUUAUGAAUAGAUUGAAGAAGUUGAAUAGAUAUUGUAGUUUACUUUGGAUAAGAGUAGAACCUAACCGUAUUUCUUUGAGGUUCUUGGACCAUUAGCCCUGGGAAGUAGAGUAAGCAUAGAUUGGAUUAUAAAUCAGUUGGAUUCGAUUUUUGGUAAAUUUGAAUUGAACUACGUCAUCUAAUUCUUUUAUACUCUAUCAACGAAUAAGAAGAUUGCUGAUCAUCUACUCAAAUACCUUCUCCCUCUCUACAAUUCAUUAAUAGAAGAACCCUCAUGCAAAACCAUCUUGAAAUAAUUGGAUGAUAAAACAAUAGAAUUGGCAGCCAAAUUCAUCAGCUACAUGGUGUAGAAGUACCAUGCAAAAUUCAUAAUCGAAGCUUUGAUACGGGAUAUUGGCAGAUUAGAAGGAAAUAAAGAUAUGAAAUUCGUGAGAUCCUUGUUGGUUCCCAUUUUGAACAGUGAGGAUUACGUGUUCUUGAAGAUUCAAUUUGAAGAUUAAGCCAAAUUCAUCCUGGAUCCAAAGUUUAUUGCUUAAAAAUAAAUAGACAAUACUCAAUAACAAGAUGAAUUAGUAUUCGAAUCAUAAUUACUAACAAUUAAAUAAAGAGAUUAAUUAUUUACUCAUUUAAGUGAGACCUAUUGGAAUAAGGUUGCUUUUUAGAAAAAUGAUGGAGAUUCAGAUAUUUUGCCACAUUUGGAAGAUAAAUUCUUUAAUUCCACUCCUUAGAUGAUGGUCAUCAAUUAUAGAAUCAGUAAUGUGGAUAAAACUUUUAUCUUGUAUCAUAAUGUGAAAUGCACAAAAUCAGAUAAAUUAGACUUAACAUACACUUGGAAUCAAGGUAAAAUGAAAGUGUUCUAUUUCAAUGAAAAUAAUUUGCUUUUCAAUGAGGAAAUUGACAUCAAUGCCUUUAUUGAAAUAUAUGAUGAACAAGGAACAUUAACAUUCUAAAAUAAUGAUAAGGUAUUUUUGGAAAUUGAAUAUGUCCCAGGAGAACCAUCCAGAAUCAAUUUGGCAUCAUUUAAUCUAAAAGACCAAGGAAGCCUUGACAAUUUAAAGAUUGAAUACUAUGUUUCUGGAGUCAGACCCUAAAAAUAGAAGAAGACAUUACCUUAAAUUAAUAUACCAUAAGAAACUACUAGUUUACUUUUCCCUAAUUAUGAAACCAAUCAAUCUCUGCUAUAUUAUAGUGUUGUUCCAGUUUACUAAUUACCAAGUUAAUUAAAAUUGUGUGAAUUGAAACAAUUGAUCGUUUUCAACAAAUAUGGACUAAAACAAGAAUGCAAUAUAUUUGAGAACUAGCAGAAAUUGAGUGAGUUACCUACAAACUAAUAAAAUAUUAUAGAGUUGGUAAUCAAUGCAAGAGAGUUCAUUGAUAAUAUCCAACCUAAAACAUCAUCAUUCACUUAUCCAUAGCAAUUAACAAUAUUCCCCUUAUUUGAAGAAUUAAAUGGUGUAAAUGCUAUGUUAUCAGUAAUUAGAGAAGGAAUAGGAUAAUGGAAGAAUUAAUAACGAGCUAAUUCUUGGCUAUAAUUUUUGAAUGAAUUGCAAUCAUUCUGUCAACUACCUAACUUUUUCAAUUUGUUCAUGAAGAAUCAAUAAUGUGUAAAUUUAUUGUUUGAUUUAAUUGCUGGACCUCCUGAUUCAAGUAAUAACAAGAAAUUAGAAGAGGAGGAAUAGAAUGCUGUUAAAUUCAUUUAUACUACCCUAGUGAAUGUAUUCAGUGCUAGCAGUGGACCAGAAGUAAGAAUAAAGGCUUUGGAAUAGAAUUUAAUUAAACAAAUCCUAGAUAGAAUAGCUUUGGUUAGUAGAGAGACUAAGAGGGAAUUUAGAAAUAAGGUUGAGGAAUAAGUGGUUUAAGAAUCACCUUAGAAAAAUAAUUUAUUGCAGAAAUCAACAAAAUAGAAGAGAGGAGUAGGAUAUGCAAGUGAUAGUACUGGGUAAAAUUAGAAAUGGAAUACAAUAGAAUAUGUUGAGAAGAAAACCUAAAAAUCAUAAUAAUUAAUUGGAUUAUUGGGUAUAGUAGAGUCAUUCUUUGAUUUCUAACAUUGGCAUCCAAGUGAGGAUUUAUUACAUAAAUUAAAGAAUACAUUAUUUGAAAGUGCAUUAUUGCCUUUGUUAGAAAGUGCAUUCAGAAGUGGUUCACUUUUGGAAAUAUCAAAAGAAUUCGAUUUGUAUUGUAAGUAUCUGAAGAUAGUUCAAUCCAUGUCACAUCAUAAAGUAUUGGCCAGUGUUUUCUUAAAGAUUCCAGAAUAAUAUUAUCCUCCUUAGACAUAAUCAUUAUUUGAAUUGUUAAGUGCAUUGGCAGAUACAUCCAGAAUCUUUAUGAAUUGCAUCUAAAAUAAUAGAAAGAAGAAUGAAGAAGAAGAACACUCAUUUGAGAUUGCCAAAAUGAUUAUAGAUACUCAUAAAAGAAUGGAAAAUUGCAUUAAUAAGAUGAAUGAUAGUGGUAGUAGUAGCAAUGAAGAGGAUGAGACUGAAUAACUCAAGAAAUAGAAAGAACUAGCAAAUGUAUUGAUCGCAGAGAUUCUAUCCAAAAAAUUACCUGAAGCGUACAGAACUUUGUUGUCAGAUUUGAGAUUCAGUUACAUUGAUAUGAAAGUUGGUGGCAGAUAUAAACAUCAUUAUUCAGGAAACAUUUCAACUUAAAUAAAUCAAGAUAAAAUUGUAAGAUUAGCCUAAGAAUUUGCAGACAUGUCAACGUCCUUACCAAUUGAACACACUAAUGCCAUAUUCGUUAGAGCUGACAAAGAACGUGUAGAUGUAAUGAAGGCACUUGUUAUGGGUGCAAAAGGAACUCCUUAUGCACAUGGUGCCUUUCUAUUUGAUAUUUAUGCUGAUGAUUCAUAUCCGAAUGCUCCCCCUAAAAUGAAUUUAUCUACCACAGGAAAUGGAAAAGUCAGAUUCAAUCCUAAUUUGUAUAGUUGUGGAAAAGUAUGCUUGUCACUCUUAGGUACAUGGAGAGGAAAUGCAUCUGAAAAUUGGGAUCCUAAAAUAUCUACUCUCCUUUAAGUUUUAGUAUCCACUCAAGCUAUUAUUAUGAGUGAAGAGGUGUAUUUCAAUGAACCAGGCUUUGAAUAGGAAGCAAACACAGAGGAAGGUGAAAAGAAAAAUGAAGGAUAUUCUAAUAUUGUAAGAUAUUGCAACAUCAAAUAUGCUAUGAUAGACUAAAUUAGAGAUCCACCUAAAGGAUUUGAAACUAUUAUUAGGAGACAUUUCUAUCUUAAAAAAUAGGAGAUCUUGGAGGAAUGCAAUAAGUGGGUUGAACUUGCAGAUACCAAAGAAGCUGUAUAUACUGGAUUACUUAAUGAUCAUAAUUCCAGUUGGUGCAGUGAAUUCAAAAAGAGCAAGAAAGCCUACCAUAAGAAGUUGUCAGAAGCAGUUAAAGAAUUAGAGGAAGAAUUGAAUAAGAUAUAACCACCUUCAGCUGCUGAUUUAGAAGGAUCAAGAGUACUAAGAACUCACGUCAAGAAAUAACCUAAAGUAAAAAAUGUAAAAGAAGGAAUGGCCAAUCUGGAUGAAGUAGAUGUUACAUACACAAAGAUUCAAUAGAAGGAAUUCGAAGCAAAUGAUGAAAAUGUCUUAGAUAGAUGGAGUAGAUACAUUGGUGCUAUGGGUAUGGAUGCAGUCAAGAAAUAGGCAAAUAGUUGUGUUUUGGUAUCUGGUAUUGGAGCUUUGGGUAUUGAAGUAGCUAAAAACAUUGUAUUAUCAGGAGUCAAAAUGUUAACCAUUCAUGAUCAAUAAAAAUGCACUUAAUAUGAUCUUAAUGGUUAAUUUUUCAUUGAAGAAAAAGAUAUUGGCAAAAACAGGGCUGAAGUAAGUUGGGAUAAAUUGCAAUAGCUAAAUUCAUAUGUCAGGGUGAAUUAUGAAACCUCAGAACUCCUUAAUAUCGAUCUCACUAAAUACAACAUUGUAGUAGUCUGUGCUACAUAUCCAAAUGAUGUGUUAUUCAAAUUAUCUGCAUUAUGUCGUUAACAUAAGGUGAAAUUAAUUAUUAGUUCAGUGGAUGGAGUCUUCGGAAGAGUAUUCAAUGAUUUCGGGUAAUCUUUCAUUGUUGAAGAUAAGAAUGGAGAGCAAACUGUUGAUUAUAUUGUUAAAUCUGUUACUGAUAAAGGGGAGAAUAAAUUGCACUUUGAAAUCACAGGUAAACAUGAAUUUUAGGAUAAUGAUAUUGUAAUGAUUGAUAAUAUUGAAGGAAUGAUAGACUCAAAUGGAAAUUCAAUUAACAAAACCAUUUAAAAGGUGAAAGUAAUUAGUAAAUCAAUCUUGGAGAUACAAUUAAGUGGAUAUUCAAAAUACAUUCGAAAUGGAACUAUUAAAUUGGUUAAAGUACCUGUUGAAUUAUCAUUCUAACCCUACAACUAAGAAUUCAUUGAUAAACCAAUUUAUGAUCCAAAUAUGUCAGAAUACGAUUUUAUCAAAUUGCAAAAUACUGAACAUCUGCACAAUCUUUAUAACAAUAAAUAAGCAAAAGAUUAAAAUUUCGAGUCCUUAUUCAAACAUUACUCAGCUUAAGGAGAAUUCUCUCCUUUGUCUGCCUAUCUUGGAGGGUUCGUCUCAUAAGAAGCUAUUAAGGGAAUAACAAAUAAGUUUACUCCAGUUUAACAACUAUUUUAUGUGGAUUGCACUGAAGUGUUACAAAAAGAGAUAUCCAAAGAUGCUAAAAUAAGUGAAAGGUCCUUAAGUAGAUUCUUGGGUACUGAAAUAGCUGAAAAAUUAGAGAAAUCUAAAAUAUUCAUGGUUGGAUGCGGUGCAAUAGGUUGUGAAUUACUCAAGAAUUUUGCCAUGCUUAACUUAGGAGUGAAGGGAUCAAUUACAAUAACUGAUCCUGAUCACAUCGAAGUCAGUAAUCUAAAUAGAUAAUUCUUAUUCAGGGAAAAACAUUUAAGAAAGCCAAAGUCUUAGACAGCUGCUGCUGCUGUUAUUUAAAUGAAUCCAUAUUUGAGAGAUCAUAUAAUAGCAAGACUUGAUAAGGUUCAUGAUUCAACAGAACACAUAUACACAGAUUAAUUCUUUGAAGAUUAAGAUAUCAUUGCCAAUGCUCUAGAUAAUGUAGCUGCUAGAAGAUAUGUAGACAAACGAUGUGUAAAUGCUCGCAAGCCACUUUUAGAAUCAGGUACUCUUGGACCAAAAGGUCAUGUACAAUGCAUCAUUCCAUUUUAAACUGAAUCCUAUGGUAGCUCUAAUGAUCCUGUAGAAGAAGGUGAGAUUCCAUAUUGCACAUUAAAGAUGUUCCCAGAAGAGACUUUCCAUUGCGUCGAGUUUGCAAAGGAUAAAUUUGGUAAACAUUUUUCUGCAAGACCAAAACAAUUAAUAAAAAUGAUGGCAGAAGAUUACUUGCCCAGUCUAGAGGACAAUAAACCUUUGAGAGAAGGCAUCAAAUUAUUAAAGAACAAACCAAAUUCUUUAGAAGACUGUCUUAAGUGGGCAAGAGGGAAAUUCUAGAAAUAUUUCGUUAAUGACAUUAAAUAAUUGAUGUAUACAUAUCCAGAAGAUGCUAAGACUAAGGAUGGCAAUCUAUUUUGGACUAUGCCUAAACGACCUCCCAAGCCCAUUUAAUUUGAUCCUGAAAAUGAAAUUCAUCAAUAAUUUGUAUCUACCUUUGCUUUCCUCAGAGCCAAAAUGUUUGGUCUCGAAACUGAUAAAGAUUGGAGAACUAAAGCUUAUCGACUAUAAGUAGCUAAGUAAGCUAAUCUUAUCACUUUCCCUGAAUGGCAACCAAGUGAAGAAAAGAAGAAGGUAUUAAUUAAUUUGAUAAUAAUUUUAGUCUAUUUCUGAUAAGGUUAAAGAGCAAGGAUAGAAAGAGGAGGCUGAAGAGAAUGAAUCUAAUCAAGCCCAAAGCACUUAAGAAGAAACAUAACUGUUAUUUAAAUAAUUUAAAUCCUUAUUACCAAUCUCAUUAGCAUCUGAUGAAUUUGAAAAAGAUAAUGAUUAAAAUGGACACAUCGAUUUCAUUCAUUCAUUCGGCAAUCUAAGAGCUGCAAAUUAUAAAUUGGAACCUAUGGAUUGGCUAACUGUGAAGAUCAAAGCUGGACGUAUUGUACCUGCUUUGGCUACUACUACUGCUGUUGUGGCUGGCUUAUAGACAAUUGAGUUGAUUAAGACCUUGAAGAAUGUCUAGAUUUCAGACAUGAAGAACGCCUUUGUUAAUUUAGCUAUUCCUUUUGUGAAAUUGACUGAGCCAGGACUAGUACCUAAGAAGAAAAUCAAUGAAAAAGUCACUGUAACAUUAUGGGAUAUAUGGGCACAUGAAAUUACAAAGUCAACUACUUUCGGAUAAUUGUUUGAAAUUCUGAAUUAAUAAUAUGAUUUGCAUCCAAGAGAUGUUUUCUUGAAGGCUUAACCUGUGUACAUGGAGAUCAUGUAUGCUAAAAAGCCAGAAGAGAAAAAGCACUUCUUGGACCAACCAAUUAUUAAAGUUUUAGAAAUACAAGUAUAAUGUACCCUUAAUUUUAUUAGAAAUAUGUUGAUUUGACUAUCAAUUUCACAUUGAAUUAGGAGAGUUAAGAGAUUAUCAAGGGAAUACCAUAAGUCAGAUUGGCUUUGAAAUGAAAUCAAUUUUAUCAAAAC